AUGUUCACGAACGAAUGUCCAGACACAAUGAAUCCAACGGAAGAGAGCUGCUCUGGCCAUGGAUCACCGAAGCGAAAGAGCGAUCGUCAGAUGGGUCCGACAACGAAAAAAAUCGAAGAUAGUGAAGAAGACGGCGGACUUGGUACAAACGAAACUGCAGAUGGAGGUGGAGCUACGGUCGCAAAAACUCAUGAACCUGAAAACAUACGCAUUGACCACGAUGAAGAAAGACCUGACGAACGAAGAAAUCCUUUUGGAUUUCUUAGACAUUUAAUUUCAGACGGAGACGAAUCAGUAUCCUCUGACGGCUCUGAUGGUGAUUAUUUUCGUGGUUUGCCCUCAGAGCGUAAUCGAUGUAGUGAUUCACCCGAAGAAAUGGAUGAGUUCGGAGAUACAGAAGAUAUGGGAGGAUACGAUGAUGUUGUCGGCGACAGAGAUGACGACACUUUACAAUCAAAUCAGGAGAAAUAUGAAGACCUCAUUGUCCAACUUGGACGUGAACUCGCUUCAAAAUUUAUGUCCGGGAUACACAGAUAUGUCAGUAGCAUCAUUGUGCCGCUUGGAGUUAGGGGAGUUCAGAGGUGUCUGCGAGAGCUGGACUACCUUAUUGACAAGUACCCUCCACAACAUUUCUACGUCAUUGCCAAGCACGACGACCACAUCCACAUCAGCCACAUAUGUGGAUACUCGGGAGGGUGUUGUCGGUGCGCCUUCAUUAUUCGAGGCACAUUUUGGCGUGUCGACGGCAGACGUAGACUUCGUAGGAUUACUAGAGGGAUCGACAUGCAGGCAAUCGAUUACGGAAACGUAUUGCGAUACUUAUCUACGGGCGGCAGAAGCAUCCAACGCAUUGGAGGUUUCUCAGAAAAUGGAAGAUUAUUUGAUCGAUAUAAAUAUUUAUCGGCGUACCGACAUUUGGGACAAACAGAAGGGGGACUAUUGGAUGGGAGCUACGGCGCGGUGCAGAGGGACAUUCCCUGCGAACCAUCCAGCAGUGAGCAUGUCGUAAAAAGUGGUGAAAAUGAUGGGGGAGGAGAUGUUACUUCAAAAAAAUCUGAAGCGCGUAAAAAAAAGUCGUGGGUUCGGCCGGAAAACGGACCAGUAAGCAUAACAGAAUUAUUGUACCAGUACCCAUGUUGUCCCCCUGAGGCUUAUAAAAAUGUAAAAGAAUAUUAUCUAAACGACAAUCUUAAUUAUUUAUGCGCUAAAGACAAAUAUGUAGAUAGGGAUUUAGAACUUUGGAAUAUCAAAUUAAUGCACUGGCGUCUUAUCGAUUUUGAUAAUUAUUACAAAGACGAUAAAGUACAUCCUUAUUUUAAUGCUUACAACAGAUUACGUGAUCAAGUAUAUUAUAAUGUAGAUAAAUCAGUAGAAAUUGCUAAUGAGCUAUUGUUACAUCAGUUCGACAAUAACACUGAAAAUGUAUUUUAUUUUUUAACAGAUUUGAUUAAUGUAUUAGAUAAACGAAUACCAAUAUAUAAUACACUUGCCAUAUUAGCUCCACCAAAUGCUGGGAAAAAUUAUUUUUUUGACGCCGUAGCGUCUUUUUUUAUUAAUUACGGAACAUUAGGCACUGCUAAUAAAACAAAUAAUUUUGCUUUUAUGGAAGCCGCGGGAAAAAGAUUAGUUUUGUGGAACGAACCAAAUUAUGAAACAAACCACGUAAAUGAAUUAAAAGCAUUAUUAGGUGGAGAUUCUUGUAAAAUAUCUGUAAAGUAUAAAUCUGACCAAGCGUUGCAAGGCCCUCCUAUAAUAAUUCUUACUAAUGAUAAUUUGUCCAUUUUCGGUAUGUCUGCUUUCCAAACUAGAAUUAAGUUAUAUCAUUGGCAGAGCGCCCCUUUUUUGCGCCUCUAUGAUAAAAAAAUAAACCCAUUAUUUUUAUUAAGAUUAUUUGAAAUGUAUAACAUAAAUAUUAAUCAAUAA